GAUCUAUUCGGAAAACGUCCAACCCACUGUGAAUUAUAUAUUUUUUUACAAUAACAAAUUUAGAAAGAAAGAGAAAAAAAUUGACGAAGCAAACACGGAGGAAUAAAAUUUCUCAUCAACAGGAAUCUCGGUUUUAUUUCAGCUCAUAUUCGCCAGAUCAUCUUUCAGUCGUCGUGAUUCUGGGAUCCCACGGUGUGGGAUGGGAAAUGAUGGACGAUAAAGGGCCCCGUGUUGCUGACUACUUUGUUGUUGCCGGCCUCACCGACUCGUCCAAGCCUCUGGAGGAGGAGCUCCACUUUGAUGAUGCCGGUCCCAAAUCUGUAAAACCCAAAGCCCCCAUCACUGACGUCGCUGUGGUGAUCCGCUCCCUGGGUGAAGAAGUACCCCCAGGUUUCACCUGUGUGGAAAGCACCCCCUCGGGCCUCUCUGCAGAGCUCAAUGGAGCCAGCCUCAGGGGCCCGCAGAUCUUCUUAUGCUUUAAGCGAGGCAGAGAUAAGCCUCCACUGACAGAUCUUGGGAUUCUGUAUGAGUGGAAAGAGAAGCUGAAGCCUGGAUGUCACAUCGUCCAGACCACACCCUCAGGUCGACCUGCCAACAUCAGCAACUCAUCAUCACAACGCAUUUACAUUACCUAUCGCCGCGCCCCGAAGAGCCAGCCCCACACUUCACUGGCUGUCACUGAUGUUUGCAUCAUCAUCCCUGGCAAGGGGGAGACUCCCCCUCACACCUUCUGCAAAGUGGACAAGAACCUCAACAGCAGCAUGUGGGGAUCCUCAGUCUACCUUUGUUAUAAGAAGUCUCUGGCUAAAGCAAACACAAUCGCAUACAAAGCAGGUCUGCUGUGUAGGUAUCCCAAAGAAGACUACGAGUCCUUCCCACUGCCUGAGUCAGUGCCUAUGUUUUGCCUGCCCAUGGGGGCUACGAUCGAGUGCUGGCCAGCACACACCAAACACUCCCUGCCUGUUUUUUCCACAUUUGUACUGACGGGGGCCUCUGGAGAAAAGGUGUAUGGAGCAGCCAUCCAGUUCUAUGAGCCUUUCUCAGAGGAAGGCCUGUCUGAGCGUCAGCGCUCACAGCUCGGCCUGCCAAGCUCUGAUCUUGGACCUGAUGGGACCAGGGGUGUUUACAGCAACAAGAGCAUCUGUCUGCUCUCCCACUGGCCAUUUUUCCAGUCCUUCAGGAGCUUUCUGACUUUCCUCUACAGAUACUCUAUCUCUGGACCACAUGCCCUGCCUAUUGAAAAGCACAUCUCUCACUUCAUGCAAACAGUGCCAUUCCCCUCCAUUCAGAGACCACGCAUCCUAGUGCAGCUGUCUCCACAUGACAGCCUGAUACUGAGUCAACCUGUGUCCUCUCCACUGCCUCUCAGUGGUGGAAGCCUCUCUACAUUACUACUAAAUCUGGGCCCAAAGAAUGCGGCCACUCUGCUGGUGCUGGCUGUCACAGAGCAUAAGAUCCUGGUUCAUUCCCUGCGUCCAGCUGUACUCACCAGUGUUACAGAGGCUCUUGUGUCUAUGAUCUUCCCUUUCCACUGGCCGUGCCCUUACAUCCCUCUGUGCCCGCUGGCGCUGGCCGGUGUGCUCAGCGCGCCAUGCCCUUUCAUUGUAGGUGUGGACUCCCGAUACUUUGACCUUUACAUACCCCCAGCUGACAUCAGCUGUGUGGAUCUGGACACCAACACUAUCUCCCAAAAAGACGACAAGAAGGCUUUAACAUGGAAAAUCUUGCCCAGGAGAGCCUGCAAACAUCUUCUUAAUACCCUGAAUAAACUCUAUCAGCAGCUCACUGAGGGAGGUCAGCUGAACCGUGAAGAUGUGCAGAUGGAGCACACAGUAACUGACAGUGAGCUCAAUGGCGGGAAGAGCCUCCACACUCUGGAGCUGGAGAUCCAGGAGGCCUUCCUGCGCUUCAUGGCGGCCAUCCUACGAGGCUACCGCUCCUACCUGCUGCCUAUCACGCAAGCCCCCUCUGAGAAGACCACCGAUGCCAGCUCCCUCUUUGAUCUCCAAGGCUUCCUGAAGAGCAGAGACCGCUCCCAUCAGAGGUUUUACUCUCUCAUGACCAAGACGCAAAUGUUCAGCCGUUUCAUAGAGGAGUGCUCCUUUGUCAGCGAUAAAGACGCCAGCCUGGCUUUCUUUGAUGAGUGUGUUGAUAAGCUAUUCAGCACUGGAGGCAAGAUCGACAGUGAACGGCCAGAGGAAACCAGAAUGAUUGAACUUGAUGAAUCCCACUGCAGUGAGCACACGGUCUAUGUCAACCCUCCAGAGCUGCCUCCACUGCCACAGGGAGAAGAGUAUCCUCUGUGCUAUAGCUACACUGGGUUCCCAGUGCUGAAUGCUGAGCUUCUGGAGCCACUGGAAGGACCAAGUCCUCCAUCAGCAGGCAUGGCCUCACGCCACAGCAGCCCAGCCAGCCCUACGGCCAUCUUUAGACGCUCUAAACAGGAGAUCAAAUCAGCUCAAAGGAUGGCCAAAACCUAUUCAUCUAUGCCUCAGAUGUGGUCCAAGUGUCUGCUACGCCACUGCUAUGGCCUGUGGUUCAUCUGCCUGCCAGGGUUUGUUGGCACCUGCCACUCUAAAGUCCGGGCUCUGCGUACAGCUUACGAUGUGCUGAGGAAGAUGCAGGAUAAGAAAUUGCAGGCUCCAGAUGAGGUGUGUUACCGUGUGUUGCUGCAGCUGUGUGGACAGUACAGCCAGCCAGUUCUGGCUGUCAGGGUGCUGUUUGAGAUGAAGAAAGCUGGAGUUCAACCCAAUGCCAUCACCUAUGGGUACUAUAACAAGGCGGUGUUAGAGAGCACCUGGCCCUCCACCACCAGAGGAGGCUACUUUUUGUGGGGAAAGCUGAGGAAUGUGGUCCUCGGCGUACUCCAGUUCAAACAAGCAGGGAGAAAACAACAGACCCCUCACAGAGAUCCUCAGAUGUCAGAUGGCAGUGAUCUUGACACAGUCAGCCAUGGCAGUUUGGAUAGUGCUAAUGACUCUGCUGAGCGCACCUCCAUCGACACUGACUUCACUAAAAUGGACUCCAGUGACGAUGGAUUUAGUACAGGUGGACAGUCAGACCAAGGCUACGAUUCAUUAUCCAAAGAGGAGGAGAGGAUGUGUGGCAGAGAGAGUGACAACACACCACUGGUGGAAGACAAGGGGCCAAGGCAGUCCACACCUGACAUCGAGGAUUCAAUGAGCAGCAUCUCUCCUUCUACUAGAAGCUGCAAAUCAACAGAUGUCAGCGCAGUCACAGGCAAUGGUAACAAGCUGGUUUCCAGUCCAUCUAGUGACACCACUCUGUGUGCAGUUCUACCAAAGACAGAAAGGCCAAAAUCUCUGGACUUGUCUGGUGGACAAGGAAGUCUCAGGCUCACCGUCCCUCACCUUGGUUCAACAAAGCAGCACCACCUAGCUGCUGACAGACUGCAUGGGGUGGAAGAAGAGGAGACAGAGACUGAUAAACAGAAACCUCUGGUGGAGAGAAGUGUCAGCUGCAGCAGUGUGGUGGAGAGGCCAGGUGUGUCUAUAGAGAGAAGUGUCAGCUGCAGUGCUGGGACUGUGAGGAGAACAGGCAUUGAGAUGGGGUUUGAUCCCCUGUCACUGAUUGCGACAGACACGGUACAAGAGAGUGAUCAGGAAAACGGCAGCGCGCCCACGGCCCGCCGCGACCUUGCUGAAGAGAUUGAGACGUACAUGAAUAAUGCCAACAGCCCCCUUAGCAGCCGCGCACCCAGCAUGGACCUGCAGAACCCCUCAAGCCCUUUGUUUUGCUCUGCUUCGUCUCCUCACACCUCCCCACGUCCCUCCACCCUGCUCCACUCCAACACACACCUCCCACUUCCUGUCAAACCCAAGGAGAAGCUGAGGCCGUCACCGUCUCUUCCUCUGGGUGUCUGUAACAAAGACAGGGAGAGGCCUUCCUCCUUGGUGUCACCCUCGUCACCUACUCCCUCCACCUCAUCAUUCUCCAUGGACUCAUUGUUCACUCCAACCCUGGACAUCUUCAAGAGCAGCGUCAUAUCAGCAGGGAAGGGCGUGGCGGAGAAGGCCAGUCGCCUCUACUCUCGUCUGUCCUCACAGACUUCAUUAACACAGGAUGCAAACUGUGACCGGAUUAGCGUUUCCUCACUCACCUCAGGAGAGGCAGACUGCUCCUCACUGCUUGAUAGUGAUGCCUGUCUUGACCCAGAUGGCUUUACCUCCCCCCAGCACAGCAGCGUGUCCCGACUCAGGAGGAGCCCAAUUGUGGGUCAUACCAACCUGGGCAGCCCAAGCACCCCGAACAGAGUGUUCAGACACAACUCCUUCUCUGGUGGUUUGGCACUUCCCUCUAAAACUCCUCACACUCCAGAUUCCUCCCCCGACACCAGCCGCUUCCAACCCACUCCCAAUUACACUAUAGAGGUGCUGAUGUCCAGCUGUUCACUUUGUAAGACGUGUGACUGUCUGGUAUAUGAUGAGGAGAUCAUGGCUGGCUGGACAGCAAACGACUCAAACCUCAACAGCACUUGUCCCUUCUGCGGCACAGCCUUUCUGCCCUUCCUCAAUGUGGAAAUCAAAGACCUGAGACCACAGACCAGGUCUUCUAAGGAUAGUAAUCCUGUUACAGAGGAGGACACAUCGGCGUCACUCAAUCUCGAGGCCAAAAUGUCUGCUGCAGACAGUGCUGGUCAGUCACCUGCAGAGCAGAGGCAGGAGAGUAGUGGGAGUGCUGACCCGCCAGUCUCACCCCUCUCCUCUGCUCCGGUGACGGUGCCCUACCUGAGCCCUCUGGUUCUGUGGAAGGAGCUGGAGAGCCUGCUGGUGAAUGAGGGUGACCAGGCCAUCUCCUCUCCGAGUGUUGUCGAUCAACACCCCAUCGUCUUCUGGAACCUUGUGUGGUACUUCAGAAGGCUGGAGCUGCCGAGCAACCUGCCAGCUCUUAUCCUGGCCUCCCAGCGCUGUAGCCAUGGAGACCAGACCCAUCAGAGUGUUCCAUCCGAGGACAGCAAACAGGUGCUUGUGAGGAUUAUGUGGGACAACCUGAAGUUGCACAAAGACAAAGUUCAACCCUCCUAUGUCCUGUGGAACACACAUUGUGCAAACUCCCUGGUUCGCUCUGGGCUGUGUGAAGAAGGGCAGCUCUUUACUGUGGAGCUACUGCAGGGUUUUGUGAGGAGCAUUAAGAAGAGUGAUGUUUAUCAGCCCAUGAGCCAGAUCAUCCAGGUGCUGGGGCCAGAGCUGGGUUUUAAAAGACAGAGGAGCCUGUACCGAGAUUUAUUGUUCCUCGCUCUGGUGGCAUUGGGCAAGAACAACAUUAAUAUCAAUGCUUUUGAUCGGGAGUACAAGUUGGCAUAUGAUCGCCUCAACCCCAACCAGGUUAAACUGACACACAACUGUGACCGGCCCCCUGGAGCAGGGGUCAUGGAGUGCAGGAGGACAUUUGGGGAGCCCAGCCUGUAAACCACUCUUCUUCUGUCCUGUUUUUUCCUGUGUUUUUCCUUCAACCAGGGUCACUGCUGCUGUUUUUUGUUGGGUUUUUUUGGACUGCUCCCCAGACUCAGGACCAGUUCACCUGACUGGAGCACAGAGCUCUCAAGCACAAUGGGAAAAUGACACUUCAUGUAAAGCAACUGCCAUGAGUUUCUUGUAUACUGUUAGAGCUGAGAAGUGUGGAGUGACAGGCCUUGUGUUUGUAAAUAUUUAGAAAAUCCACUGUAUUUUCAGUAUAACUAUAGUAAAAUGUUUGUACAGUAAUUAUAUAGUCUAUUUUAUGACUUUGUUUUUGUUGAAGCUGUGAGUAAGUACGUAAAAGUAAGUGUAUGAUCAUGUUGUUGAAAUUCUUAAGUGGUCCUGGUGACCUUGUUUGGACUGUUGUUGAGUGUGUGUGUGUGUGUGUGUGUGUGUGUGUGUGUGUG